UAAGAGGGCGUGCUAGGACGAGUGAGACAAAAAGGCUAAUUUUGCUAGGAUGAUUUUUGUAUUUGGAGAAAGAAACAGCUAUAGCGAGAGUUAGGCCUAGUUGUAGCCUAAUUGUAGCCUAUAGUAGGCUAAUUAGUUUAGAAAUGAAGUCAAGUAUUCUCACCUGUAUCAGUAAAGCCUCUGUGAUUGUGGUUUUACUUUGCACCAUUAAUUUCGUCCUCGCUGUGAUGUAUUACAUGUCACAAUCUGAGGGAAAGGCAACUUUUUUGUCAAGCCCAUUGUCAAGAGCCAGGGGAGAAGUUGUGACUGCAAUUUCUAAUAUAACACUGAUCGAGAACGCGUCUGAAAGCCCUGAAGUUAGAAACGAUGAAGUGCCGACGUGUCUCGAAACAGCUCUGUUGGUGGGCCCUUUGCAAGUGAAUGUCAGUAACCCAGUGACUCUGGAAAUGGUACAGAAGGAGAAUCCUGAACUUCAGGAAGGGGGCCGCUGGAAGCCCUCAGACUGUGUUGCAUUACAGAAAGUGGCCAUAAUCAUUCCCUUCAGACACAGAGAUGAGCACUUGAAGCUCUGGCUCUACUACCUCCACCCCAUUCUCCAGAGGCAGCAGCUAGACUAUGGGGUCUAUGUCAUCAAUCAGAAUGGAGAAACCAGGUUUAAUAGAGCCAAGCUAUUGAAUGUGGGGUUCGCUGAAGCUCUGAAAGAGUAUGACUAUGAAUGCUUCAUCUUUAGUGAUGUGGACAUUAUCCCCAUGGAUGAUCGAAACUUCUACAAGUGCUAUAGUCAGCCCAGGCACAUCGCUGUCUCCAUGGCCAAAUGGGGUUUUAGGCUACCAUAUUAUCAGUACUUUGGAGGUGUUUCAGCUCUUAGCAAAGAGCAGUACAUGAAAAUAAAUGGCCUUCCCAAUAACUAUUGGGGCUGGGGUGGAGAGGAUGAUGAUGUAUACAACAGGCUGAAAAGCAAGGGCAUGUCACUCUCCAGACCUAAUGGACUAAUAGGGAGAUGCCGAAUGAUCCGUCACAACAGAGAUUCGCACAAUGAGCCGAAUCCCCAAAGGUUUCAUAAUAUAGCACAUACAAGAAAAUCAAUGGAAAGUGAUGGCAUAAAUUCUUUGAAGUACCAAGUAGUGAGAUUUGAAAAGAAUCAACUGUUCACUAAAAUCACUGUGGACAUUGGGAGACCAUGAUGGAAAAAAAGUGCAGAAAAAACUCCCCAAACUCCAAUUGCUCAUAAAUAGCCUACAGACUUAAUUAUGAUGGGUUAUAUGUGAAAUUUGCAGUCUGCUUUUUUGUUACAGAUGUUUACACAAUGUUUACAGAACGAAGCUGUAAUGCUGUAAUGAAAACAAUAAAGUUGGAAACAAGUAAA